AUGAACUCCUUCCAAGACAAAGUCUACGUCGUCACAGGCCUAGGCGGCAUCGGCCUAGCCGUCGCAAAACAACUCCACGCCGGCGGCGCCAGGCUCUCACUAGCAGACAUCUCAUCCAAAACGCUAUCAACAGCCCUGCAAGAAAUCACCGGAUCCGAAAACACGCCUACCUCGAGAAUAAUGACAACAGUCGUAGACAUCGGCUCCUCCGCCGCAGUCAACGACUGGAUUGCGAGCACAGUCUCCCACUUCGGUCAGCUCGACGGCGCAGCGAACAUGGCCGGCGCAAUUGGGAAAAAGCACGGGAUCGGCAAGUUCGUUGAUCAGGAAGAUGACGAGUGGGAUAUGCUGGUGCGGGUUAAUCUUUCCGGCAUGAUGUAUUGUUUGCGCGCAGAGUUGCGUGCUAUCAUGGCAGGGUUCCCGUUGCAUGCUGCUUAUUCGACGACGAAGCAUGGGGUUGUUGGGUUGACGAGGUCGGUUGCUAAGGAGGUGGGGCCUGAGAUUAGGGUUAAUGCUGUUGCGCCUGGUUCGAUUCAGACGCCGCUUCUUGAUAGUGCGGCUGUUAUCCAGGGCGGUCCGACUGUCCCUCCGUCUGUGAUCCCGCGCGUUGGGACACCAGAAGAGGUGGCGCAGACUGUCGUUUUUUUGCUUAGUGAUGCGGCUUCAUACACGACUGGGCAGGUGUAUAGUGUUGAUGGAGGUUGGGAUCCGUGA